GAAGAAACACUGCACAACCGAGGGACCGAGUGAGUGAGACACAUGGAGAUUAAGAAAAACAGUAGAAAGAAGGACAUGUGACAGUGAAUACUGGAACUACCUGAACAGUGACAUUUUUACUUUGUAUGGGAGGCAGGAGACAAGACAUCUACUUGUGGAGAUGGGAAGCACGACCCCCACAGGGUACCUCAAUGUGAGUACAGCGACGACCAACAUGUCAGCAGUCCCACCUGAGAAUGAAGAGAGUUACAGUGAGGCAACAAUGAUCCUGCUGGGCAUGAUUAUGUCCUUACUCGUCUUGUGUAUUGUCUUUGGCAACAUCCUAGUAAUAACAGCGAUUGGCCGCUUCCAGCGUCUCCAAAAUGUCACCAACUGUUUCAUCACAUCCCUUGCCUGUGCUGACCUGGUCAUGGGUCUCAUUGUGGUUCCUUUUGGUGCCUGUUACAUUAUCUUUAAGACCUGGCACUUUGGUAGUUUUUGGUGUGAGUUCUGGACUGCCACUGAUGUGCUCUGUGUGACUGCAAGCAUUGAGACCCUGUGUGUCAUAGCUAUAGACCGUUAUUUGGCCAUCACUUCUCCCUUCCGCUACCAGUCGAUGCUGACCAAGGGCAAAGCUCGUAUUGUGGUUGUUCUGGUGUGGGUGAUUGCCGCCUUGAUAUCUUUCCUGCCCAUCCACAUGAAGUGGUGGAUAUCAGAUGAUAAGGAAGCUAAGAAGUGCAUUGAGGACAGUAACUGCUGCGAGUUCAACACCAACAUGGCUUACGCCAUCACCUCCUCUAUCAUCUCCUUCUACAUCCCUCUGGUCAUAAUGGUUUUUGUCUACAGUCGCGUUUUCCAGGAGGCCAAGCAGCAACUGAAGAAGAUUGACCAAAGUGUUGGACGUUUUCAUAACAGCAACAACAUCAACCUCAAAUCUCUGGAGGCCAACAACGGGCGAGGCAACAAGAAGGCCAAGUUUUGCCUGCGGGAACACAAAGCCCUAAAGACACUGGGCAUCAUCAUGGGGAUCUUCACUCUGUGCUGGCUGCCCUUCUUUCUGCUCAACGUGGUGGUGGCCAUAUGGAAGGUGGAUAACAUCGACCUCACCUUCAGGAUACUCAACUGGAUAGGUUAUGCGAACUCUGCCUUCAACCCGCUCAUUUACUGCCGCAGCCCUGAGUUCAGGUAUGCCUUCAAGGAACUCCUCUGCAUGAAGAUGAACCACCUCAGGAACCCUGCACCCGUGAAUGGAUACACCUACAGCAGGCAUAGCUGGCAGAGCGAACAGCAAGGGAGGAGUAAGGGCAGCUCAGAAGACAGUGAUGCCAAUGAAGGGUGUGUGGGGAAGGGAGCGAGGGUUUGCAGUGUGGACAGAGCAGUAGACCCCAACGGGAAUUGCAACAAAGGCCUAAUGACUGUAACAACUGUCCUUUAAACUGGGAUCCCUGAGAUUUGCAUCAACACGGCGAUCCAAACAUGUUUACACUGCUAUCACUAUCUUUUUCCAACUGACUGAUGAAGGUAAGGCCAGCCAAAUUGACUGGUAGUCUCUGGAGACUGCUUUAAAGUAAUCAUUAAUCAUGUUCUGCUGAGGAAAGAAUUUCUCUUCCUCAAAACAAUAAAUAGAUCACUUGUCCUUUUGUUACAUUUAGCAUUUUUAAUUUCAAUCUACCUCGUCAUAUCUUUUUCAAUAUUUCUGUCUUAACUGACUAUUAAAACAAUUUCACAUAAACUUACUGUCCACAGGAGUUACACCAGAGCAGGAUCUCAGCUGUUUAUUUACUCUACUAAAUGGUCUGUGUAUUGUAUAAUUGCUAAUUAUCUGGCUCCAGUUGAACUUGUGAGCAUGUUUCACUGAUCAGUGAUCUCACAAUUUACCAGCAUAAAAAGUUUUUGAAAUUCAAAGUAAAUAUGCUGGAGGCUGUAAAUUGCAUUCAGGCAUGCCAAUUCAGCAUGAAUAGUGAGUUCUUAUAUCCAUUAGAAAAUGGACAAGAAGUAUGGAAGGAUCUAAUUUAAUCCCUCUUUGGUGUUUUGUUUGAAGAAAUACAUUCCGCAUCAAGCAAAAUUUGAAAUUUUGGCUUCAUUUUUCAUUUCUCUUUCAGUCUUUUUUUAUGGAUUGUCUCAGUAUGAUAGAUGAUCAACAACAGGUGUGGCAGGAUCUCUCUCUCUCUCUCUCUCUCUCUCUCUCUCUCUCCUCAUUGCUCAGCAAUGUUGUGAGGCUCUGAUCCCUGCUCUAGUGUUUUACAGCCUUUUGCAUGGAGUUUCUGUUGCCAGCAGAUAGCACCAGAGACAUGAAGUUAUCUUCAUCUCACUAGCUCAAGCUUAGAAACGCCUAGGGCCAUCCUCUCUUAGUCAUAUGAUAAAUGAUUGCUAGUUUGUAUACACCAUGAUUCCGUUAUCAGCCCUAAAGGUAUCUCAUAUCUUUCAGUGCAAAGCACAUGGCAUUAUGGUUAAUGUGGUUAAUCCUGUGUAUUGACCUUUAAAGCUUGCAGCUGUUAUAUGCAUACAAUCAAAUGCACUUGUUUUGCUACUGCACAGCCUACCAGACAUGUCUUGCAUUCAGGCCACAGUAGCAACAAUAACAGUUGUCCCUUUUGUUGCACAAGCCCUGUUUGUUUAUUACAUUUUGUGGUUGCUGUGUUUCAGCAUGUACAGGGUUUACUGAAACUGAAGCCGUUUCCUUAGGCAUGGCACAAGGGUACAAACCACACAAUAAUAAACAGUGCAGUCAAAAUAGCCAAGUGAUAACGAAGUUCCAGGCCUGAGACGUAGUGGCAGGGACUACUCGGGCAGAUAAACGGAGAUGAGAAAAACUCCUGCACUCCAGCACUCCUGAGCAGUGCACCUUGGUCACUGCUCCCUGACAAUUCCCAGAGUCUCCUCACUGUAAACGGAUGUCUAGAUCUUUAUGAAAUCAGUCUAAUAUUUGGAUAAGACACUCACGCAGUUGUUUCCGUCAGUAUCCUUUAGACGCUGCUUGGUUUGCAUUCUCCAGGAAAUGCCCCAAUCCAGCUGACCCAGCCCAAUAAACAUGAGUAAAUCCAUUAUCUCUGCCAUUUAGCUGGGGAAUCAAAUAAUUUCCUCUUAAAAACAACGCUGAAAUAGCUUAGUAGAUUACAAAGUUCCCAAUUUGCAGGUUGUGAUGGGAUCCAAAGGGCCAACCUGAAAUGAGACUCUCUUUCUAAUCACAGGCUCCUGAAAAUGUCCCUUUUUGACUUACGCAAGCACUAAUGGAAAAGACGCACUUAGCAAGCAAGGCUUGAAUUGGAGAUUUCACCCGCUUUUCCCACACUAAAUGGCUGGCGAGACCACUGCUCUCAAGAGGAGAAAUUGAGCUGUUGAUGCAGAUGUAACCCCCUUUCUGCAGUCAGUUUGGCUAUCUCUAGUAUGUUCUGAUCAAAGUGACAGCAUGCUAAAUGUGGCUACUGAAGGCAGUGGAGGGGGGAGGGGGGCUGUUGCAGGGAUUCUCUGCCAGUCUAAAUCGGUGUUAGUGACCUGUGUUUUAGUGCAUGUAGCGUUGCCUCUGGAGUAAGGUCAGCUGACACUGUCUAAACUGUGAACUUUGUUCCCUCAGAGGAAUCUCUGUGUACUGUAUCGCUAGGUUUGGUCAGCACUGUUGUCAUAGACCAUAGGGACAGACGUAAACACGGUGUCAUCAUACGUCAAUAUUUGCCAUGUGAAAAACAAGCUUUCCAGUAUGUGUUUUUUUUUUUCUGUUUUUCCUUUUCAUGGAUUUACAGCAAAGUAAAUGCAGGGGUUGAAUGUCAUAAAAAAUGUUCUCCAGAUUUUUUGCCCCAACUUUUUCACUGUACAGCAUGUGCAAAGCACAAACCAGAUAUAGAUUCUAGACCAAGAUUUUGAUAUAUGACUAUAAUAUUUAAUAAAUAACAUUUAAUUCAUGCA